AUGCCGUCCACCAACGCGGUCUCCUUCAACACGUCCCGCGUCCGUUCCUAUGUCUUUCGCCUACCACUUUUCACGCGCGCCGUCAUCAUCGCGAUUGUCGCUUUUUGGGUCAUCGGCGUCCAGUCGUUGUGGGAUGUUCGAACAUGGGGCGCCUUAAUACCUGACGAGAUAGGGAUCACGACGUUAUACCGCCUUAAUACGUUCCCUUUCAUCCACCUCAAUGCUUUUCACGCGAUCAUGAACAUCCUCGCCCUUACGCCCCUAAUGGAGCGUUUCGAGGCCGAGCACGGCACUCUUACAUCCCUAGCCCUGUUCUUUGGCCCAUUGACGACGAUACCUUCGUUCAUAUACUUGUUUGUGGAAAAGUUCGUUCUCAGGUCGAAUACGAGCGUGAUGGGCGCCAGUAUGUGGGUCUUCCUUCUCCUCGGUAUGGAGGCAAUCCGCACGUACAAGGUAAAUCCGUACCUAGUAGUAGCAACGCACAACAUUCCCACCUGGACUACGCCCAUUGCCCUGCUACUGUGUGUUGCGGCGCUGGUUCCCAGCUCGAGUUUCUUGGGUCACUUGUCGGGCCUGGUCGUGGGAUACAUCUGCGGCUUGGGAUACCUCAAAUUCCUAGCACCUCCUGAGAAGAUCCUGCGAUGGGUGGAGAGCAAGGUGAAUAUAUUCGGCCGUCUACCUUACUAUGUGAACAUGGACCAAAAGACAUAUGGGCGCUUUGGAGUUCUCCCGUCGUCUGGUGGGAGUCCGAUUGGGGGCCCAACUACGGCCAAGGGCGUUGUUGGAACUGGCGCGUUGCGUCUGAGGCGCGAUCCGCGCAUCCUGAAGCUCCCGCCUUACUUGUCCCUGCUCUGCAUCCUUGUCGGUGUUGUCUGGCUCUUCCUUCUCCCGCUCGACGACUACUCGCGGAGGACAUACAUAUCAGAGAACGCCCUCCUACCAGGCCAGGUCCAUACGUACUUUGGUGGCAGCGACCAGAAUGUCUUUCGCGCUUACAAGCACGAGGUCAACGCCUUGGUAGGCAAGAGCAAUAUCGAAUGCUGGCUGACGGGGCUAUGCUGGUCUAGAAUAAACGACAAGCUCGAAUCCAUUGUCAAAGGCCUCGGCCUCAAGGCAGGACGCCAGAACUUCACGUACAGCGCGGCCGGGCUCGUCUACUCGGGCGAGAACGUAUACGCAAUCCUGCAGGCACCACGCGGAGAUGCCACCGAGGCCAUUGUGUUGGUGGCAGCAUGGGAGAACGUCAAGCAGGAGCUGAACCGGAACGGCGUGGCUCUUGCGCUGACGCUGGCUCGCUACUUCAAGCGCUGGUCUCUAUGGUCCAAGGACAUUGUGUUCCUCGUGACGCCCGACAGCAUCGCCGGCCCGCAGGCGUGGGUUGAUGCUUACCAUGAUGCCCACGACUCAUCGCGCGUCGACAGCCUCCCGCUAAAGUCGGGUGCCUUGCAGGGUGCCAUCGCCAUCGACUAUUCCCAGGAGAGCCGCUUCGAAAGCGUGCACAUCGUUUAUGACGGAGUGAAUGGCCAGCUGCCCAACUUGGACCUCAUAAACUCGGUUGUCAGCAUCGCUGGCGGUCAGAUGGGCAUGGGCGUGGCAUUGCAGGAGAUGUGGCACCACAAUGACCAGUAUCCAGACCGAUUGCGCACUAUGCUCCGCGGCAUGCUGAAGCAGGGGCUCGGUUUAGCCAGCGGUCCUCACAGUAGUUUCAUCCCGUACCAUGUCGACGCCGUGACGCUGCAGCCCUUUGGGGAUGGCUGGCAGGACGAGAUGGCCAUGGGUCGUGUUAUCGAGGGCACGUUCCGCAGCCUCAACAACCUCCUCGAGCAUCUACAUCAGAGCUUCUUUUUCUACCUGCUCAUGCAGCGUGAACGAUUCGUCAGCAUCGGUACCUACUUACCGAGCGCAAUGCUUGUGGCUAUCAACUUCACCAUCAUGGCCAUUGCGCUGUGGGUCAAGAGUGGCCAGCCCGAGAGCACGCCAGCUAAGGCGGCAGAUGGCGCUGAAGCCGCUGGCGAGACUGUCACGAAGUUGAAUACCAGUACACCGGCGGUGGAAAGAGAACUCUUCUUGCCUCUUGGCGUUGUGACUAUCUGCCAGUUCUUGGCUGUGAUUCCUUUAUAUCUCUUUAACCACGCCCCUGAAAAUAUGCUCACGCCGGCCUUCGUAAUCUUCGCGGUUUUCAACGCGGUGCUGCCCCAUGCCCUUUCAUCCGUGCUCACCAACUACUACGCGCCAUCGGCUCAGCAGUACCAGCUUAUCAAAUCAUUCUCGCUUUUGCUGCUGGGCAUGUUUCUGGCGUCGCUGGCAACCCUCAACUUCAGCCUUGCGCUACUCGUCGGCCUGCUCGCCAGCCCCCUGACAUUUAUGCGCCCUUGGCCGCAGUCGCCGGUCCUGCGUGCCGCCUGCACUGUCCUCCUCAACACCGUCAGUCCUACGGCCAUCCUUGUCGCCAGCGCCGCUUACUGGCGCCUCGACGUCGGCGCCAUCCUGCGCGAGGUCGCCUUUGCCUGGCACGUCUGUGGGAUGAACUCCCCGGUCGUCGUGUGGUGUGUGUGGUGGCCCGCCUGGCUAGCCGGCAGCAUCAGUGUCCUGGGAAAAUCAGAGGAAACAAAAAAGAAGACCUCGACGGUCGCUACGGUCAAAACAAAGGCAUUGUGA